UCCAUCCUAAUUGUCUGUGUGGCCUUCAAUGAAUUACUUAACCUGUCUGUGCUUCACUUUCCUCAUCCUCAAAGCACUACCUUCUCUGGGGGCUUCUUGUAAGGAACAAGUGAGGGCCUUCUGGGCAGACCCCAAGCCUGGCACACGGUGACACCCUGCCCUGCCGGUGACCCCGAUUCUCCCAAGCUCAGCCUACCGCGUCUCUGUUCUGACAUAGUCGCAGGGGUGGCUGUGGAAAACCCGGUGAGAUCAUAGCCCCACCGCCCCCCACCCAGGCAGAACCGGAGCUCAACCGCUCUUUACCCGUCCCUGUGCUCGCCGUGAUGCCCCGGGGCUCCGGAAGGGGGCGCCCAUGCCCCGGGACGGAGGCUGUCCCAGAAGCCACAGCCCCAAGCCGCCGGUUCGCCUCUGGGAACAAGACCAGCAAACGCCCACAAAAAUGUUCCACACUCAGCAAGCCGCGAAGUCUACCCUUUCUGCGUUUUUAGAAUUUUGUUUAUUUCUCUUGGUUGUCUGGGUGCAAACGGACUCCUUUCUCUUCUCAAAUCGCUCCCGGCUGGUGCAGUCCAGGCAGCCCCACCCGUCUGUCACCCACCGCAGAGCCAAACCGCACUCCUCCCCGGGGGCCAGCAUCGCCCCGCCAGCGCAGCCUGGUCUCCUUUCCUCUCCUCCCAGCAAACACCUCAGGAGGUGCCAGCCCGCUCCACGCAUCAUCCAGGCCAAUGCCACACUUCAGCGUAACACCACUGUUCUGUCCAACGGGAGAAUCGACCCACACAGCCCAGGCAGCGGUGGGUUAGUUCGAAGGACCGCUGCGCAGGUGGGCAGACUGCAUCGAGGCCAGUUCCACACUCACGACCAGCGGAGGACAGCGGAGAGUGCCCGGCCCCACCCCGUGACACCCAGGGCAGCUGUCGGCUCUGAGCAGCUCUUGGCUGACCUCACCUCGUGUGUGUGUGUGUGAGAUUAAACCAGAGGCCUGUAGGACUGGAAGGACCCCGGGCGUGCUGCGUGUGUGCAGAGAGAUGUGCAUUGAGGAACCCUGGACACUUCCAGAGCAGAAGUGAUAAACCCGCCCCCAACCCCAUCACCCAAGCUCCCAGAUGCCCAUCCAGUGGUUGGGGGGGCAGCAAGUCACCGCCCCACUGUUGGAGGGGCACGG